UCUCUCUCUCUCUCUCUCUCUCUCAGCUUAAUUAAACCCAGUAUCCUCCUCUUAAUUACGCUACUUACGUAAUUAACUCACUAAUACUUAUACACAUUCCUUCUCAUUCGCUCCCAUCUCUCUCAUUAAUCAAACAUUUUCACUCUCAAUUCUUCUCAGACCUCUAAGCUAUGCCGGGAUUAGUCUCCGUCAAAACCCCGCCGGGCUCGGCGCCGCUACAAAUCUCGGUCCCUGAGACCGCGGCCCAGCCUCAACCGCAAAGAUCCUCCCCCGCCGGAAUCUCCAAAACGCCGUCGCCGCACGGCAAAAGGCCACCGUCGCCUUCCGCCUCCCGAUCCCGGCCCUCGCCGAACCGGUUCAAGUCCAAAUCGCCUCAGCCGGAGAGCCCGAACCCGAUCCUAUCCGACGCCUCGCUCGACAAUCCGGAUCUCGGCCCGUUCCUCCUCAAGCUGGCCCGGGACACCAUCGCCUCCGGCGAGGGCCCGAACAAGGCGCUCGACUACGCCGUCCGGGCGGCCAAGUCGUUCGAGCGGUGCGCCGUCGAAGGCGAGCCCAGCCUGGACCUGGUGAUGAGCCUGCACGUGCUGGCAGCUAUCUACUGCAGCUUGGGCCGGUUCGAGGAGGCGGUGCCGGUUCUGGACCGGGCGAUUCGGGUCCCCGAAGUCGGAAGAGGUGCGGAUCACGCGCUGGCGGCGUUCUCGGGGCAUAUGCAGUUGGGGGACACGUACUCGAUGUUGGGCCUAGUGGACCGGUCCAUUGAGUGCUACGAGGAGGGCCUGAAGAUCCAGAUCGAGGCCCUGGGUGACACUGAUCCCAGAGUCGGCGAGACUUGCAGAUAUCUCGCUGAGGCUCAUGUACAGGCAAUGCAGUUUGAAAGAGCUGACGAAUUGUGCAAGAAAACUCUUGAAAUUCACCGUGCUCAUAGUGAACCAGCAUCCAUUGAGGAGGCAGCUGAUCGCCGACUUAUGGCACUUAUAUGUGAGGCAAAGGGAGAUUAUGAAGCUGCACUUGAACACCUUGUCCUUGCUAGCAUGUCAAUGAUUGCAAAUAGUCAAGAAAAUGAGGUUGCUGCUAUUGAUGUCAGCAUAGGCAACAUUUACAUGUCUCUUUGUCGCUUUGAUGAGGCUGUCUUCUCCUAUCAGAAGGCACUCACUGUUCUAAAGUCAUCAAGGGGAGAUAACCACCCUUCAGUUGCAUCCAUCUUUGUACGCCUUGCUGACCUAUAUCAUAAGACUGGAAAGCUCAGAGAGUCCAAAUCAUAUUGUGAGAAUGCCUUGAGGAUAUAUGUAAAACCUGUGCCUGGAACAACAGCAGAAGAGAUAUCUAGUGGAUUGACUGAAAUUUCAGCUAUUUAUGAGUCCAUAGAUGAGCCGGAGGAGGCACUUAAGUUAUUACAAAAGGCAAUGAAUUUGUUAGAGGAUAAACCUGGACAGCAAAGCACAAUUGCUGGAAUAGAAGCACGGAUGGGAGUGAUGUAUUGCAUGCUGGGGAAAUAUGAAGAAGCAAGGAACUCUUUUGGAAGUGCUAUAGCAAAACUCAGAGCUAGUGGAGAGAAGAAGUCUCCCUUCUUUGGGGUUGUGUUGAACCAGAUGGGAUUGGCUUGCGUUCAAUUGUUCAAGAUAGAUGAGGCGGGUGAGUUGUUUGAAGAAGCGAGGAGAAUAUUAGAACAAGAGUGUGGUCCUUGCCAUCAAGAUACUCUCGGAGUGUAUAGCAAUCUUGCAGCAACCUAUGAUGCUAUGGGGAGAGUUGAAGAUGCAAUUGAAAUUUUGGAGUAUGUGCUUAAAUUGCGAGAAGAAAAGCUUGGAAUUGCAAAUCCUGAUUUUGAAGAUGAGAAGAGAAGACUAUCUGAGCUCCUGAAAGAAGCCGGCAGGAAACGAGACAAGAAGGCAAAGUCAUUGGAAAACCUCAUCGAUCCAAACUCAAAGAAGACUACGAAGAAAGAGGGGACAAGAAGGUGGGCUAGUCUGGGUUUCAGACUUUGAAGGAGAAACAGAAGGAAAUGAAAAAGAAGGGGAUCUUCACUUCUGUUCUGCUCUGCUACAGUACUCAGGUGCACAAUCUGUAACAUAGAAGAUCAUGUAUAGGGUUGAAUUUUUUCAUUACUUGGUGAGGUUUUCUAUUUCUUCGGGUUUGAAUUUAUCAUUUCUUUUGUUCUUUGGUAAUGUUGUAUUGAAUGUCUGCAUUUGGGCUUGAAGCUGUUCAUUCUGAAAAGAAAAAUAUGCAUUUGAGUGAAUAAUAUUCACAUGUAUGUUUUCUCCUG